AUGCGAUCUGAUCACGAAGGUGAAGCUGGCACUGCCCACAGCCUCUCGCCAGCCUCUCUGCCCACUGCCCACAGCCUCUCUCUGUCCACCCACCCCAGACGCCACCAGAAUCUUUUACCAUCUGCAUUCAUCGAGGUUCACGGGGUAAAUUCGCCCUCCCUCCUGCCCAGCUCCCUCUCCCGCCCCGCCGCCGCCGCCCGCUGGCGGGCACACAUCUGCCGGCAACUCCGCCGCCGAGACCGCGAACAGAAGCAACGCUUCAAGACCAUCAUCAACGCCUACAACCAGCUCCUGGAGAAAUCAAACUUCCUCCACCACUGGCGGGAAAAAUGUGAUCCCUAUCUGCAUCCUGUGUCCAGUCUGCCAUCGGACCCGGAGACAACGGAAAUGAUCCAACUCCGAUACCAGGAGCAACUCUCCAAGAUGCAGUUGACCAACGGGGAGCUCGCCCAGGCGGUGUUUGAGUUGAACAAGAAGCAGAGGGGCAAGGAGGCGGAACUACAGGACUCCCACACCAGGCUGGAGGGGACGUGGCGGCGUCUAGACACGGCUGAGGAGGAAGAGCGGAGGCUGAGAGUGCAGGUGGCGAGGCUGGAGGAGGCCAACCUCGCAGUGAAGGAGGAGUACGACAGGCUGCAGCUGCUGCACCAUACGCUGGAGCAGCACCUGCGCAGCCAGCAGCAAGAGACGGUCGAGCUGAUCCAAAACCUGAUGCAGAUCAAAACUGAGGCGGCGCAGCGGGAGAACCUGCAGAUCGAGAAACCCCGCAGUACUGACCUAAGAAACCUGCAGGAGGAUUUGGCGAUCGUUUCAAGUUUGCCGUUCUUGGACAAGACGGAGUUUCUGGCCAGCCCACCAGAGGAUGCCAGUCGGGAUGAUGGCAGGAGGCCCAAGGGAAGCAGAUCAGCCUCCUUCAGUCUUCCAGGCCAGCACAAGUUCCUGCAGUCUGUUAAAGGAAUCUUCAGGAUGCGGUCCAGUGCUUCUUGCAGUUCGAUUGACUGCAGCCCAUCGGGAUUCUUCGCCUUCACCAGAGUCCCAGUUCAAGUUCGGCACAGCGUGACAGCCCACGACGGGGAGGUGAACGCUGUCAGGUUCUCCCCAAACUCCAAGGUCGUUGCCACGGGCGGCAGUGACAGGAAGGUGAAGCUGUGGGAGAUUGUUGGAGGAACCCUUGAGAACCAGAAGACCCUGGAAGGCAGCAAUGAUGGGGUGACCAGCAUUGAAUUUGACACCUCGGGGCUGCACCUCUUGGCUGGAUCCUACGAUAACUCAGCACGUCUGUGGAGUCUCAAGGACUGCGAGCUGAAGCACACUCUGUCAGGCCACGGGGCCAAGGUCACGGCUGCAAAGUUCAAGUUCCAUUUACAAGAGGCGGUGACAGGGAGUCACGAUCGAACGCUGAAGAUCUGGGACCUCAACAAACCCGCUUGUGUGAAAUCCUUGCAAGCACCCUCUCGCUGCAGUGAUCUCGUUUGUUCAGACUACUUGGUCAUUAGCGGGCACUUUGACAAGAAGAUCCGACUCUGGGACACCAGGUUGGGGAUGCAGACGGACGUUAUGACGCUGCUGGACAGAGUGACCUCUCUGGACAUUAGCCUGGACCGCACGCAGCUGCUCAGCUGCUCCCGCGAUGACACGCUGACCGUCACCGACCUGCGCAUGAAUCGGCAAUGGCGCCAACUCCGGGCAGAAGGCUUCAAGUGUGGUGCCGACUGGACUAAAGCCAUCUUCAGUCCCGACGGGAACUACGCCGCGGCUGGCUCUUAUGACGGAUCGUUGCAUCUUUGGGAAGUCCUCACGGGAUCUCUGGUGACCUCGCUAUACGGCCAACACAGAUCCUCCAUCAACGCCGUCUCCUGGUCUCUGUCGGGCGAGUACGUGGUCAGCGUGGACAGGACAAAGACCGCCAACCUUUGGACCGACUACUGACCCCCACCCCUGUGUGCGGGCAAUACCACCACAAACUGGGGUACUGAUUGGGGAUGAUCAGCCAUGAUCACAGUGAAUGGCGGUACUGGCUCGAAGGGCCGAAGGGCCUACUCCUGCACCUAUUGUCUAUUGUCUAUAAACUCUCAUUAACUCACUAGCUCCGGGCUGGAGCUUUCUCCGUGACAUUACUGGACCAUGUUAGAAACAUAGAAAAUAGGUACAGGAGUAGGCCAUUCGGCCCUUCAGGCCAGCACUGCAAUUCAAUACGAUCAUCCAAAAUCACAGCCUCAUUCCUGCUUUCUCCCCAUAUCCCUUGAUUCUGUUAUAGACAAUAGACAAUAGGUGCAGGAGUAGGCCAUUUGGCCCUUCGAGCCAGCACCGCCAUUCAAUCUGAUCAUGGCUGAUCAUCCCCAAUCAGUUCCUGCCUUCUCCCCAUAUCCCGUGAUUCCGUUAUCCCUAAGAGCUAAAUCUAAAGGGUCUGUCCCAGUUAAGGGCCUGUCUCACGUGGCGAUUUUUUUCAGCAACUGCCGGCAUCAUAUCAGUGUCACCAAAAGAUUUUGAACAUUUCGAAAUCCAGCGCCGACAAAAGAAAAGUGUCGAAGCUUGAAAAAACACUGCGCAUCAGUACGUCAUCGUGCCACGUAUUAUUCGGUGACCUGGUACGUCAGUCGAUUAUGCCGGCAGUCGCCGAAAAAAUCACCAAGUGGGGCAGGGCCCCUUAAGCUAUUUUUUGGCGAUUGUCAGAGUCGUUGCAGGUCAAUGGACAAUAGACAAUAGGUGCAGGAGGAGGCCAUUCGGCCCUUCGAGCCAGCACCGCCAUUCAGUGUGAUCGUGGCUGAUCAUCCCCAUUCAGUACCCCGUUCCUGCCUUCACCCAUCUUCGACAUAACAUUUGAAAUAGAAUCAUUACUUCAACAAUGGGAAAAAAAAACAAAAGCUAUGCUCAUUGGCGUCAAACCCACUGAUGCCGACUGUCUCCAAAAAUUUUCCAUCCUGUUGAAAAUCCAGCGGCGCCCAGAAAUAUGCUGCGACUCUUUGGGCGACUGAGGAGAGAAUCUACUCACAACCAUACAGGUGACACCCUGGCGACCAUGUAGCGACAGCCUAGUCGCGUGUAGACGCCAGAAAAAUCGCCUAAGUGGGACAGGCCCUUCAAGACCCUGUCCCACGAUGCGAGUUUACCCAAGGGUUUAAAAACAUACUCUUGGUAAAUACGUUGAAUGUACAUAGCGGGUACGUCGGAGCACGUGGAUGUCUCUAAGAAACAUAGAAAAUAGGUGCAGGAGGCCAUUCGGCCCUUCCAGCCUGCACCGCCAUUCAUUGUGAUCAUGGCUGAUCGUCCCCAAUCAAUAACCCGUGCCUGCCUUCUCCCCAUAUCCCUUGACUCCACUAUCCCCUAGAGCUCUAUCUAACUCUCUCUUAAAUCCAUCCAGUGACUUGGCCUCCACUGCCCUCUGUGGCAGGGAAUUCCAUAAAUUCACAACUCUCUGGGUGAAAAAGUUUUUUCUCACCUCGGUCUGAAAUUACCUCCCCUUUAUUCUAAGACCGUGUGGCCCCUGGUUCUGGACUCGCCCAACAUUGGGAACAUUUUUCCUGCAUCUGGCUUGUCCAGUCCUUUUGUGGUCUCGUAGCGGCUCGUAACGCUAACAGCAGGUACUCGGGAAACGCGUAACUCGGGAGGUUUUUUCCAACACUGUGAAAAAUGUCCAAGAGUAAACAAAAUACUCGUGAUGAAG